CACAGCGUUCCGUAGUUCAGAGGCAAUCACAUGUGUUUCAACAAGGAAGAGGGGUUCCUUCUGAUAGUUUAUUUAAAUAACACGAUGACUGUACAACGAUAUUUCGUCAACUUAAACCAUGUGAAACGUGUUAUAUGCUUCGAAUAAAUGAAAAAGGCGUAGUGUAUUUUGCUAUAAUAUAUAUAAGGCGCUAGAUUAAUGCUUCGGUACAUGUGGACGUUUGUGGCGGUGUGUUGACAGAGGUGCCUGAGUCAUUGACAUCUACUAGAUCUAGGUGUUGAAAAUUUGAUGAUCUUUUUGACAGCAUGCAAUGGGGAACUGCUGGACCCAGUGUUGUGCGAUAUUCCGAAAGGAAACGAACAGGAUCAAAAGAGGAGGCGGGUCUAAAUACUUUAAAGCUGUUGGGGACCAUUGCACCGUAGAGUUUGAGAACCUAGUGGAGAGCGAUGAGGAGGGAAACCCAGGCAGCUGUCUCAGAGCGAUCAGCGAGGAAGAGAUGGCCCACCUGAAGGAGCAGCGGUACGCCGCCAUCUCCGACAAGCAGACGCUGGUCGACGAGCGGCUGCGAGCCGAGUUAGCGGCAGAGGAGGAGAGACUGAGGCAGGAAGAGGAGGCGGAGUGCACGGCCCAGCGAGAGGCGUCCAGGAGGGUACGGGAGAGGAGGUGGCAGCGGGAGCAGGCACAAAGCACGAACACUACGGCAGAAGCUGGAAGCUGUGGAGAUCCUCAGACGCUGGUGGCUGGAAGCAGUACCGGAGCCCCCCAGCAGGAGGCACUCAGGAGCAGUAGCAUUGCCAUGGCAACACCCAACACUGGGAGCAGUCGUGACCUCAUCAGCAGAGGGCAACGUUCCCUGAACGAUGAUGGCUCUUCAGAGGACCUGGAGUGGGAUGAUGAGGAAGGUGCACCCCAGGCAGAAAUGGUUCAGGAAUCUGGCGCCCGGGACCAUGGCACCUCCCUGGAGUGGGAGGGCGACUUCGUUAGUGCCCGCGCUGAGGACUGCGACGACCCGGAGUUCGACGGCUUCGUCAAUCCUGUCCUGGAUGCGCCAUCCUGGGACAGCGACCAGCAGGACAGAUAGGGCCAGUGGGAGGCGGGAACAGAAUGGGGGCGGGUUAUAAAAAGCAGCAAUACCAGCAAAGGCACCAGUUUCAGCUGAGACUGCACCGAAUCCCAACCCAUCCUCUAAUAAGAAAGAAAAGACUAAUCAUUUCCUUAAACUGGUAAUGGGCAUUUGGUAAACUGGUGUGCACAGAGGGGACUAGUUAUCAUUUGUUGUCAUCCAAAGGAUGAAGGAUUAUUUUUUCCCCCUUUUUAUCUUGCUCCUCAUCAGAACUUUCCUUUUUAUUUUAGCGAUUAUUCCAUUUAAUUAGUUGCAUUUCUGUAAUCCUUUUUCCUGAACAGGGUAUCUUAAAGGGCAUGGUGUGCCUGUAUCAUGGAACCAAGUGGGCUUUGUAGAACAUGGUCUACACCUAAGUCGUUAUACCCCUGUGUGACUUGCGGUCUACGUCACAGGAUGUCUGUUCUAAACCCUUUCGCCCCUACCUUGUUUUGUUUGGCAUCAGCCCAGUGACCAAAGGCACCAUCUUCUCAGAAAUGGGUCUGCAAAGGGGCUCUGCCCCGACCCCGGUGCCUCGCCUAAGAUAAUCAUGCUGUGGUUCUUCCAGGCCGAACGCCAGGACUCUCGGGUCCUCCUUGUUCCCGUCCAGGGUGGUCUGCUGUGCCAAACUGAUGUGUCUCCUCCCCGAAGCAGCCUGGCUUGUAAUUUCCAGGAAGUUCUACAGGUGGCUGUCCCACAUCCUGAUUGGGUGCAGCGGUGUUCCGUCACCGUAGAAACGUUUGAUUCGGUAACGACGAGUGUGUGUGUGUGUGGCUGGGUGGGUGUAAUGUUUUCUAAAACAAACUUUAUCUUUGUAGACCCUGAAAGUAAAAACUGGAGACGGCAAGAGAAAUUUUGACAUUUAACAAAAACAGCUGAUUCUCUUGUUGGGUUUUUCUUUUGGUCUCCUCAGGCACAGUCCCUGGGUUGAAACUUCUUUUCCGUUACCUAUUUUACAUUCUAACGGGCGAUAUAAUGGGUGGUGGAAACCAGAAUGAUUGCUCAUCACAGCUUACUACCACUCCCAGUCACACCUCCUCCUGAAUGUAUGUACUGGUCGGUUUAAUUGUUUGGUUUCUGUUUUAUACAAUAUUUUCUCUUCGAAUGAACGUCUGUUGCUUCAUAAAUCACUGAAUUGCAAAAUA